AAUGGCUGCACACUGCUGCUUGGCUUCACGAACAGACAAAACGUGCAGUCGUCAGCACGCCGGCAGUAUAAAUGCAGUGUGCGAUGCAGUGCCGCGACAUUGUGAGGCACAUAUCGAGAUGAAGGUCGUGCUGUGCGUGCUUGUCUGUCUGUCUGUUUGCGCGUGCGACGCGGGUUCCGCGCCGUUCAUCAGACCAUGUCACGCAGCAGACAGUGCUUGCCUGAAGUCAUCAGCACAGCAAGCCGUGCCGGUGCUGGCGGCCGGCAUCCCCUCCAUGGGCAUCGAGACCCUGGACCCUAUGCGUGUAGACCGCGUGAUGACCAGCCAAGCGGGGCUUGACAUGGAUUUUAGGAAUACAAUAGUUAAGGGUCUUCGGAAUUGCGAAGUCAUCAGCUUAAAACGUGACGGGCCGAACAAGACUUAUUUGGAACUGAAAUGCUCGGUGACCAUGAUCGGAGACUACAACCUCGGCGGCAAGCUGCUCAUCCUGCCGAUCGAAGGCAACGGCAAAUACAAGAUCAAGAUCCGUGAUAUUUACGUGAAAAUCGCGCUGGAUAUUGGGGAGAAGCUAGUGAACGGCCAGAAGUACUGGUCCGUCAUCAGAUGGAAGCACUCCGCUGAUGUCAAGACAGGAGUGGAGUUCCACUUCCAGAACCUCUUCAAUGGAAACAAACAGCUUUCUGACACCAUUCACGAGUUCGCUAAUUCCAAUUGGAAGGAGAUCUUCCAAGAAGUAGCGCCCCCCAUCGUUAAGGCAGUCGUCACUAAGAUCGUGAACGAGUCCACCAAACUCUUCGACAACGUCGCCAUCAGCGAAAUGGCUUUAGAUUAAGUUUAGUUAAGGAAAUAAAGACUGUUGUAUAAGA